CCGGCGGAGUACAGAGACAUGGCCCUAUUCUAUUAGUAAAAACCAGCCUUCCCCUCGCUCCCGCCAAAUACAAACCACAGGGCGACACAAAUUCAAAUGAAAUCUCUCUCCUUCAAAUCUGAGAUCUUCUUGAAUGGUCAGGAUUUCAUGGCCACGCUCAAAAUCCAUCUCUCUCUCCUCCUGCCCAGAAAAUCUCCUCACAGAAGCCAUGAAUUCUCUCUACUCCGAUGCUUCCAAGAAAAAAUCCUACAUGGAUCUCUCUCAAACACUCUCCGAAGCAAUGACCGCCUGCGGACGCCUCCGAUCAAUAUCCGUCGCCCGAAAAAUCCAUGCCCAUCUCAUCUCCAUUGGCCUCGACUCAUCUAUCUUCUUACAGAAUCACCUCUUGAACAUGUACUCGAAUUGCGGGUCGAUUGAUGAUGCCCGCUGCAUGUUUUACAGUAUAAAGAAUCCAAAUGUCUUUUCCUGGAAUACCUUGAUUACGGGGUGUUCAAAUUUGGGGCAAGUAGAGGAAGCACGGCGAAUGUUUGAUGAAAUGCCUGAAAGAGACUCUGUUUCGUGGAAUACAAUGAUGACGGCAUAUUUCCGGGAGGGGCGGUGCAAGGAAGCUGUGAAGGUUUUUGUUUCAAUGAUACGGAGUGCUAAGUGUGAACCAGAUCUGUUUACAUUGGGUUGUGUCAUGAAGGCUUGUGGUAGCCUUCGUACUCUUGACUUGGGCCUUCAGUUGCAUGGUUUCUCGUUGAAGUUUGAUUUUGGGAGGGACCCAUUUGUCAGAACUUCUGUUCUUGAUAUGUAUGUUAAAUGUGAAGCAAUGGAUUUAGCUAGUCGAGAGUUUGACUGUAUUGACAACCCAAGCUUGUUCUGUUGGAAUAGUAUGAUCAUGGGUUCUUCGAAAUCAUUGGGCGUGGGCCAUGUGCUUGAACUGUUUAAUCGAAUGCCUGAACGGGAUGCUGUUUCUUGGAACACGGUGAUCUCGAUCUUGUCACAACAUGGUUAUGGGACCCAAGCUCUUUACAUGUUCAUAGAGAUGCAGAACCAAGGAUUCAAACCGAAUUCCAUGACCUAUGCUAGUGCUCUCAGCGCAUGCUCAAGUGUUUCCGAUCUUGAAUGGGGCAAGCAUCUACACGCUCAUAUAGUUAGAUCUGAAUUGAGCAUUGAUGUCUUCACGGGCAGUGCUCUGAUUGAUAUGUAUGCAAAAUGUGGCCGCAUAGAACCCGCGAAGCAAAUGUUUGAUAGCUUACCCGAUCGCAAUGUGGUGUCAUGGACUUCCAUAAUAGGGGGAUUUGUGCAGUCUGGGUUCGAGGAAGAAGCUUUGGUGCUGUUCAAUCAAAUGAGACAAGAACCGAUUGCUCCAGACCAGUUCACUCUUGCUACAGUUCUAGGAGCAUGUUCGAGUAUAAAGAAUUUGAGUAUUGGGUUUCAGUUCCAUGCCUAUACAAUCAAGAUUGGAUAUGAUUCAUCUGUUCCUGUGACUAAUGCUCUUGUUACCAUGUAUGCAAAGUGCAAUAGUGUUUGGAUCGCCGAUGCUGUCUUUCAGACAAUGCCCAUGAGAGACAUAAUUUCAUGGACGGCAAUGAUAACAGCGUUCUCUCAGAUGGGUGAUGUGGAAAAUGCCCGUGAAUAUUUUAACAAGAUGCCCGAACGGAAUGUCGUCACUUGGAACUCAAUGUUAGCUGCAUACAUACAGCAUGGGCAUGCAGAAGAGGGUCUCAAAAUGUACAUUUUGAUGCUAAGAGAACAAAGCGUGAAGCCAGACUGGAUUACAUUCGCGACGUUACUAAGUGCAUGUUCUUAUUCAGCAGCAUUGAGACUUGGCAAACAAAUCGUCGCUCAGACCACAAAAAGCGGGCUUGAUUUCAAUGUCUCUGUAGCAAAUGGUAUUGUUACCAUGUACUCGAAAUGCGGACGGAUUCAAGAAGCACGUGAGAUCUUCGAUGCGAUUCUUGACAAGGAUUUGGUUUCUUGGAACUCCAUGAUCACCGGGUAUGCUCAAAACGGCCAAGGAAAGGAAGCAAUUGAGGUCUUUGAGUACAUGUUACAAGCAGGCCCAAAACCUGAUCAUAUAAGUUAUGUCGCUGUCCUAUCAGGCUGUAGCCAUUCAGGUCUUGUGUCUGAAGGGCAGUUCUACUUCAAUUCCAUGACUACAGAUCAUGACAUUUCUCCAGGGCCCACGCAUUUUGCUUGCAUGGUGGAUCUUCUUGGUCGGGCAGGCUUACUAGAACAGGCUAAAGCAAUGAUAGACGAGAUGCCUAUCGAACCAAGUGCUGGUGUCUGGGGAGCAUUGCUUGGUGCCUGUCGAAUUCAUGGCAACACAGAUCUCGCAGAGUGUGCAGUGAAGCAUCUGUUCAAGUUGGAUCAGAAGGAUUCCGGAAGUUAUGUUCUACUAGCCAAUAUAUAUGCAGAUGCAGGCAAAUCAAAUGAUGUAGCAGAGGUGAGGAAACUGAUGAGAGACAGAGGAGUCCGUAAAAACCCAGGUUGCAGCUGGAUUGAGGUUGAUAACAGGAUACAUGUGUUUACUGCCGAUGAUAUGGCCCACCCACGAAUUGCCAAUAUUCUACAGAUGUUGGACGAGGUAAUUGAGAAGAUUGGAGAUAAGGGGUAUGUGAAUGAAACUAAUUCCAGAUCUCGAAGCUAUCACAGCGAGAAGCUGGCAGUUGCUUUUGGCUUGAUUAGCUUGCCUGCUUGGGCACCUAUUCAUGUCAUGAAGAACCUUCGUGUCUGUGGCGAUUGCCAUGCAGUCAUAAAACUGACAUCCCUUGUUACUGCAAGGGAGUUAAUAGUGAGGGAUGCCAACCGUUUCCAUCAUUUUAGAGAUGGGUUUUGCUCUUGUGGGGAUUACUGGUGAAGAGAAAUGCUAUUUCAACAUGUGCUUAAUGAAGUUUUGUGAAGUGCCAUCCCCACUGUUCAAGCGGUAAACGUGUAUGGUGAACACAACCAUUGAUCUGGUGGGGCCAUAACCAUUACCCAAAAUCAUAGGGAUUGGACGUCUGACCAACCAAUUUGUUCGAGUUUUGCCCUUUGGCUGUGGACCUUUCUCCUUUUCAGUUAACCAUCCAUCCAUUUUUCAGGCUGUUGAUCAAAUGGUUGCCAUAGAACAUUCACUUUGCUCUUUAGGCCAUGGCCCAUCCACGUGGCCACCCAUACGCAAUUGCACAUCUUCAUGUUUCGGUCUGUCUUCAUGAAACUCCAUGAGGCACGCACAUUAUCAUUGCAUUCAUCUGCUGGUUUUUUUUUUUUCAUCUGCCGAUAAUUGGAUCGCUGACAGUAUUCUGAUGAUUAAGAAAACAGUUCAGCUUGCAAGGUAUGAAAAAUAGAAAAGUUUUAAAGUUCUUA